CGAGGCGACGAGCUGGGCAGUCGGUGGGCGAGUCGAGAUCACGCGGCACGGAGAGAGAGACAGCGAGAGAGACAGAGAGAGAGAGAAGCAGCAGAGAGAGACCAAGCCGCGCGCAGUGGCUGGAGCGAGGUGGUGAGGUUAUCGAAGGGGACAUUACCGCAACCUUCUUUGCUUUGAUCGGCACUCGAAUCAUCUUGGUCGUCUUGCAGCACCACCGUCGUCUGCAAAGUCGUCGUCGUCGUCAUCCACCACCACCACUCCUCCGGCGUCUGAGACCCACGGAUGUGUUGCCGUGGGAAGCUCUCGGUGAAGAGUGUCCCGUGCUCCGUUCGCAGAAGCAACAGCGGCUGCUGAUUUAUCUCCGAAGCCUCAAGAGCUGAGCGGAAGACUCAACGUUUGUUUAUUUUCUUUGCAAACAUAUUCGAGAUAUACUAGCCCAAGCAUUUGUAGUUGAAAAGUAGACCUCGUGCGUUUUUUUGUUAUUUUUUUUUUGCACCAAGUCGCAGCAAAGCGAGACACACCGAUUCGCAGUCCUGCCCUCCCCCCCUGCAAUCGUUAGCGAAGUUACCCGGACGUCGCGGCUACUUUACUUUCUCACUCUCUCCUCCCAUCCUCUUACAUUUGACUUUUGAUUCCGGAUUUCUGCGUGUGUUGGGAGUGGGGGGGGGCAAGAAGGAGCGUGCUACGGAAAACGCCAAGAAGCCCUUUAAUCGAGUGUUCCAACCCACCCCAUACGAAGACGAAAAAAACCCAACAACUCCUGAGUCGGAUCUUCGGAGCAAAAGAGGGACCCCCAUCCCCUCCCUUCACGGUCGAGUUCCAAUGGCCGCAGCGAGUGAGCAGCAGUCGCGGCGUUUCAGCGUGCUGGGCUGGGAGCAGGUGGAGCGUCUGGACGCCGUGCUGGACCAGAAGGUUCCCAUUCACGGCAGGGGGAAUUUUCCCACGCUCGAGGUGCGCCCGCGGGACAUCGUGCGGAUCGUGCGCGGGCGGCUGGAGGAGCGGGGCAUCGCGGUGCGCGACGUGCGCCUCAACGGCUCAGCCGCCAGCCAUGUGCUCCACCACGACAGCGGCCUCAGCUACAAGGACCUGGACCUCAUCUUCGGCGUGAGCCUCACGGGGGAAGCCGAGUUCCAGCUCGUCAAGGAAGUGGUCCUGGACUGCCUGUUGGACUUCCUGCCCGAGGGCGUGAGCAAGGAGAAGAUCGGGCCGCAGACGCUGAAAGAGGCGUACGUCCAGAAGAUGGUGAAGGUGUGCAACGACACGGACCGCUGGAGCCUCAUCUCGCUCUCCAACAAUAGCGGCAAGAACGUGGAGCUCAAGUUCGUCGACUCGCUGCGGCGGCAGUUCGAGUUCAGCGUCGACUCGUUCCAGAUCGUCCUCGACUCGCUGCUGCUCUUCUACGAAUGCUCCGAGCACGCCAUGUCGGAGCGCUUCCACCCGAGCGUGCUCGGCGAGAGCAUGUACGGCGACUUCGGCGAGGCGCUGGAGCACCUGCGCGGCAGGCUCAUCGCCACACGCAACCCCGAGGAGAUCCGAGGCGGCGGCCUCCUCAAGUACUGCAACCUGCUGGUGCGCGACUUCCAGCCGGCGUGCGAGCAGGAGAUCAAGACCCUGGAGAGAUACAUGUGCUCGCGCUUUUUCAUCGACUUCCCCGACAUCUCGGAGCAGGAGCGCAAGCUCGAGUCGUACCUGCAGAACCACUUCCUGGGCGAGGAGGGCAGCAAGUACGACUACCUGCUCACGCUGUGGGGCGUGGUGAACGAGAGCACCGUCUGCCUGAUGGGGCACGAGCGCCGGCUCACCCUGGGCCUCAUCACGUCGAUGGCCUUCCGCGUCCUCGCCGAGCAGAACGUCAUCCCCAACACGGCCAACGUCACCUGCUACUACCAGCCGGCACCCUACGCCAGCGACUUUAACUUCAGCGGCUACUACCUGCCGCCGCCGCCGCAGCACGCGCUCGCCUACGUGCCGUCGUACCACCAGCACCACCACCAGCAGCAGCACCACCAGCACCAGCAGCACCAGCAGCACCACCACCAGCAGACGUGGCUGCCCUGCAGCUAACGCAGCCGGCGAUGCCCCCACCGUGAUGCCCGCCCACCUGCCCGCCCGUCUGCCCCGCCAACCUCGCUGAUUGAUGACGGACCGCAGCAAUUACCCCCCCCCUCCCUUCCUCCCCCAGGACCAAUGCCGUGAUACCACGCGGUCUUUUAUUUUAUUUUCGAUUUUCCUUCCCCUUGCCUACCCCGCCCCCCCCCCCCCGAUUUCCUGAUUCUACACCCCCCCCAACCCCCCUCCUCCACUGCCACUCCAUAGGUGCCUGUGCAACAAGCUGCUGUCUCUCCGCGCCGUGUUUGUGGUGGUCGUUGCUGUUGGUUUCUCUCUUCCAUUUUACGUCUCUCGGUAAGACGGGCAAAGCAGCAGCAGCAGAGGCGGCAGCGGCAUUAAGAACUGUGCGCGUUUGGCAGCACGAGCCCCCCCCCCCACUCCCCUUCAUUGAACCGAGAUUGCAGAACUGCAUGCACGGAGACUUGCACGCCCACACACACGCACACGCAAAUGAGUGAAGAGUGACGAAGAGGAGGUUGAGCAAGAGAAGAUACUGGGUGGUUUUGCCCGCCGCGCUGCUUUCCACGUGUGUACAUAUGUAAUCCAAGGCUCGCGACGCUUGUGCCAGAAAAACUUCCGCGGGCAAGUUGCGGACGUUAACCGUUUAGCGCUGGUGGAAGUAAAAAAAAAAACUAAACUAAAACACACAAAAAAAUGGAACUCGAGACUUGCACGCAAGAUGUUUUGCGACCUCUCUUCGGGGGAACUCUCCCGACGGGAAGAAAUUAUACGCGCAAAGAAGAUGAAGAAGAAGAAGAAAAUACAACAACAAAAAAACCGGGACACGCGUUGUGAACGGGGAAAAAAAUUUCAUAAAAAUUUUAAUAAACGCUAAAAAAAAUAAAAAAACCCAAGAGAAAAAGACUGAAAAGGAAAAUAUUGGCGGGGCAGCCGUGCGUGGCGAGCGCGACUGCCUGUCGCAGGUUGACUGCUAACGCGUCGUCUAGCUGAUUAACCACAAAAAAAAUAUUACCGAUUUACAAAGCGCUAUAUUUUUUGGGGGUGGGGGGCCGGGUCCGCAUUUAAAACACGAGCCCAACGUGGACACCCGACGCUUCCAGAGUUACGUAGGGGCACGCGCGCGUGGGGUGAAAUGGGGAAAGCAAGAGCGAGCGAACGCCCCGGGGAUGCCACUGAUUUUUUUUUAAC